AUGCAUUGCAACAAGUCUCUAACAUUUAAUUUAUUUAGAUUUCCAACUCCGUGUUUAAAAACUAUCAAAUAUUAUCUGAAGAUGACUUGUCCAUUAUUGUUGAGAGUUUUUAUCAACACUGGAAGACAUCAUUCCUUGAGUGAGUUCUCAAGAGGAAAUGUUCCAUCUAAUGAAUUACAAAUUUAUACUUGGAUGGAUGCUACUCUCAAAGAGUUGACGAGUCUGGUCAAAGAGGUUAAUCCUGACGCUAGAAGAAAGGGAACCUACUUUGAUUUUGCUCUGGUGUUUCCCGACAUCCGAGGUCCAGGAUAUAGGAUGCGAGACAUAGGCACUACCUGUUCGGGACAGAGAGGAACCGAUGAUAACAAAACACUGUCCGUAUCUAGAUUUCAGAUUGGAGAUUAUUUAGACAUAGCUAUAUUUCCGCCUCCUUCGAGAGGACCUCCCAUUCGUAGGGGAGGGCGCCCGUAUUAAAAAAUUGUACACAUUUUUGUAAAUUUUCAUAUUCAUUUGAUGUAUCUAUAAU